AUUUUUGUGUAACUUUUCGGCUCUUUCCGUCAAUUUUCGGAUUCGCAUAACUCCGUGAAAUACGGAAAUACCCGAUUUGUAAUUGAUGAUGCAAGAGUAGUGCCCCCUUCAAAUAUGGCUGUAACUGGAAUAUUUAAUGUGUCUCGGUGUUUUUUGGGUCAGUGUGUGCAAAGACAAAUCUUCCGGUGUUAUGCUUCAAGUACAGUACCCUCCUUCAAGGCAAAAGAUGUUGAAAUUAAACGAACCAAAUCACCAGCACCUAAGCCAGAUGUUAGCAAGUUGAAGUUUGGGCAUCAUUUCUCUGAUCAUAUGUUAGAAAUUGAUUGGACCAGCGAAAAUGGCUGGGGACAGCCAGUCAUAUGUCCGAUGCAUAAUUUUCAAAUACAUCCUGGGGCCAAAUGUUUACACUAUGCAACUGAGUUAUUUGAAGGUAUGAAGGCGUACCGUGGUGACGACGACAAAAUCCGAUUGUUCAGACCAAUGGAGAAUAUGAAGAGAAUGUUAUCAACAUCGGAAAGGGCAUGUCUUCCACUGUUUGAUGGUAGAGAACUUGUUUCUCUUAUAAAGAAACUGAUAUCAAUAGACGCUGACUGGGUUCCUAAAGCAACAAAAGACCAACCAAGUUCUCUCUAUAUACGACCAACACUUAUAGGCACUGAGCCAACUUUAGGUGUUAUACGUUCAAAUGAAGCCAAAUUGUUUGUAUUAGUUGGACCAGUAGGACCUUACUACCCUACAGGAAUGGCACCAGUGAAGCUUCUUGCUGAUCCCCAGUUUGUUAGGGCAUGGCCAGGAGGAUCUGGGGGAUUUAAGAUGGGUUGUAACUAUGCCCCAACAUUGGCUAUACAAAAGGAAGCUGAGAAGCAUGGCUGCCAACAGGUGCUCUGGUUAUUUGGGGAUGAUCAUCAGUUAACAGAGGUCGGAGCCAUGAACUUGUUUACUUUCUGGGUGAACGAACAAGGAGAGAAAGAGCUUGUGACAGCACCGUUAAAUGGUCUUGUGUUACCAGGUAUAACCAGGAAAAGUCUGCUAGACCUGGGACGUAAAUGGGGAGAAUUCAAAGUAACUGAGAGAGAUUACACCAUGAAAGAAGUUACAAAAGCUUUAAGAGAAAAUAGGUUACUAGAGAUGUUUGGAGCAGGUACAGCAUGUGUAGUCAGUCCUAUAGAGGGUAUCUCAUAUCAGGGAGAAAUGCUUAAAAUUCCCACCAUGUCAAAUCCACAAAUUACAAACCGGUGUAUGAAAGAGUUACUGGACAUACAAUAUGGUCGCACACAGAGUGACUGGGUAGAAUAUUUAGACUGAUGUUUCCAUGCCAACAAAGCAACCAUACCAUACACCAAUUAAAUUUUGAGACAGCAUUGAAUUAUGACCAGGCUUCAAGGUUGUACAGCUUUUCCUUGAGCUCAAACUCUUAAACUAAGAAUUUUUAUUGGUCAGUUGUUAAUUUUCCAAUGAUCUGAGUUUGAGCCGAGAAAAUUUCUUCUUUGAACACUGGUCUUCUGCACAAUCAUCAUAUCAAGAUGUGAAUUUAAGUAGAGUUAUGACCCUUUAGAAAUCAUAUUUAACUCAAAUUGACAGAUGCUAUGGUAUAAUUUAAGCUUGGAAAUUAUUUUUAUUAUUAAUCUU